AUGGCGAGAUCAGAGAAAGAUGUCAAGUACGAUGAAACACACCCCUCAGGUGAAAAGCGUGGUUCGAUAUACCAGAUCGUCCCUCCCAAUGAGAGACGAAUGUCUGCUCAGGGUCGUCGCGUAUCCGUUGUCGACGACAUCUUUGGCGAGAUCAAGGAGGGUGGUCCAAACUACCGAAAUGUUGGCUGGCUUGGAACUGCCGUAUUGAUGAUCAAAACCCAGAUUGGUCUGGGUGUUCUUUCUAUUCCUGCCGUACUUGACACUCUCGGUAUGGGACCUGGACUUGUCGUUCUGAUCGUGAUCGGAGCUAUCACAACAUGGUCGAACUAUGUGAUUGGUACUUUCAAGAGAAACCACCCCUCUGUCUAUGGUAUCGAUGACGUUGGAAUGAAGCUCUUUGGUCCAGUCGGGAGAGAAUUCUUUGCGGUCGUGUUUGUCUUAUGUAUCUCAAUCUCGCUCAAUGCAGUCUCCACCCACGGAGCGUGCACGGCUAUCUUCGUCGCAGUUGCUGCCAUGAUCGCCUUUGGACUCGGAAGUAUUCAGACCCUGCACGAAGUUUCAUGGUUGGCGUGGGUAGGCGCUGGUUCUAUCUUGACUGCGAUUCUUACUUUGACAAUCGCCGUCGGUGUACAAGACCGACCGGCCUCAGCUCCAACAACAGGCGUCUUCGUUUCCGAUUGGAAAGGCGUUGCAAACCCAUCCUUUGAAGCCGCAAUCUCAGCUUGCUCUUCAAUCGUCUUCGCAUGGGCCGGUACGCCGGCAUUCUUCUCAAUCGCAUCCGAGAUGCGUGUACCGGAACUCUACACCCGCUCACUUCUUCUUUGCCAGUCAGUUGUCGGCGUCACUUACGUCGUCAUUGGCGUCGUAGUAUACAUAUACUGCGGCAGCUUUGUUUCAUCACCUGCACUAGGUUCAGCAGGACCUCUUCUGAAGAAAGUGUGCUACGGCAUUGCUUUGCCGGGCCUGAUUGUCAGCACCCUGCUCUUCGUACAUAUUUCUGCCAAAUACAUCUUCGUUCGCGCUUUGAGAGGGUCACACCAUCUUACUGAUCCUACCUUCCGACAUUGGGCUGUAUGGUUGAGUUGUACUGCUGGUAUCACACUCAUCUCGUACAUCAUUGCCAGCGCAAUUCCAGUAUUUGGACCGCUAGUCUCACUUGUCGGCGCACUAUUCGGCACUCUUAUGUGCUUUCAACCUAUGGGUGCGAUGUGGCUUUACGACAACUGGCACAAGCCUAGGAACGCUCGGUGGUAUGCUAUGGUCACUUUCGCUUGCUUCGUGAUUGUGUCUGGAUUCUUCUUGAUGAUCGCGGGAACGUAUGGAUCUGCAGUUGACAUUAAGAAUGCGAAAGGUCGAACUGCUCCAUGGUCAUGUGCUGAUAACUCGAACUCGGUACCAACAAACUCCUAA